AUGCAAGAUAAGUCAACAAAUGAUCAGAGAACAGUACAAACAUUGCUAGAACAAGAAAGAGAGAAAAAUGUAGAAAUAGGAAAGCAGACUGGCAUGCUAAUUUCUGAGUGUAGUGGGUUAGGGACACUAAUUAUAGAUGAAGAAAAUAGUCAUCGCAUAGUUGCUGAUGGCAACUUGUCAUUACAUGAUCAGGAUUCAGACAGUAAAGAAGUAUCAAGAGAUGGUCAUAAUUUGCUUAACUUAAUUGCUCAAAAUUCAUUACCAGUUGUUGAAGGAUUUUCGUGUAGUGAAAAUAUGGGAUCGACUGUAUUUGAAGAUGAAUUUAGCCAACCAAUUGAGGGUACUAAAUCUGUGAUGAGAGAGGAGAUUUACAAUAAUGAAAAAAACACAGAAAGUAAAGAAUCAUUACUGGAUGUCCAGGAGACAAAUGAUAAUGAAAAAGAUGAUCUUGAUAUGGAAAACUUUACAGCAAGAGUAAAUGUUGAUUGCCAGUGGCAGGAUUUGAAUUCAGUAGAUGAAAAAAGGGCAGAAGGUAAUGAAGAAAGGCAUGCUCAAAAAGUUGAAAAACACCACCAGAGAGGCUUAGAUGUGAAUGAAGGUGGCACCAGUAUGAAAGGAUUUGAAUUUGAAGGUUUUGUGAAGGUUCGGAAAAUUGAAAGAGAAAUAACCAAGGCAGUUAAAGAUGAUAUUUGUUCUGAAUCGGUGGACUGUCUUGUACAGAAACAAGCCUGCAAAGGUGUGCCCCAAUCAAGUGGAGUGGAAGAAAAUACCUCUGACUCAUUAUUGCAGUCAAAUGUCACAAAUAUUUCUCAUUCGCAGGUGAAGAUGACCUCUCUGCUUACGAUAUCAGGAGCCCUAGGCUGCAAAAAACAGCUUCUCAUUGUACCACGUUCAUAUUUAACUGUGGAAUUGGUGAUGGCAGCCAUUAGCCUUGGAAAAUUUUCUUACAAAGAUAUUCACUCUUGGGUUUGCAAAAUAUGUAGACCAGUAAAUAGAAACUUCACAGAAGUAAACAGAAAACAGUUUAUGCAGUAUGAACUAUUACACAGAAUCAUCUCUAAAAGUUGCGAUGCAAAAAGGAGGAGUCAUUGGGAAGAAAUACUUAGGAAGACUUUAUAUGUAUUGCCUAGAGGUGAGGGUUGGUCUUUGAUCUUUGAAAAGAUUCCAGAUAUUUGCCAGGAUUUGGUCACAUGUGAUUCAGGGUUUUCCAAUAUUACAAAGAAAAAACCUGUUGCAUUCUUUAAGAAGUAUAGAAGUAAUACACCAGAAGAGAAACUUGAACUUGUGGUGAAAAAGCUUCAACAAAAAAGCACACAGGUAAAAGUUCUAAAAGGAAAGCAAAUGUCAGCAAGUAGAGAAUUGAAAAACAUGAAGGAGAAAUUGCAAGAAAAAAUAAAUGGACUUAGGGCAUUUAUAAAAGUUCAUGGAGGCAGAAACCCAGACUCAUACUUAAAACCAAGCAGUUCCAAGAACCAGAAAGCAGAGAAAAAUUUUAUCACUGAAACUGAAGAGGUUCUUGCUAACCUUUAUGAACUGGUAGGGAAAAAAGAAAUGAAGAAUGGUGAGCUUCAGCAGGAAGUGGCAGACCUUAAGGUUGUGAUAGAUGAAAAAGACAAAGUGAUUCAACAGAAAAAUAAACUUGGUUGUAGAACAGAGGCAAAGGUUGUGAUACCAAUUGAGAGCAGGAGUGAAAAGAAGCAAAAAGAUCAUGUGUUGCAGAUUAAACACCUUCAAGAAAAAUUGAGAAAAACUAAGGAAUUGGUCAGCUAUGAAGAAUUAUGCAGUAGUCAACUAAGGGAAGAACUAAGGACUCAGAGACAACUUUUAGGGGAAAGAGAUCGCAUGAUUGCACACAAUGAAAAGAAAAUAGCAGAUUUAAAAAGUGAUGCAAUAUCUUGCAGAUCUUUUCAUGGUCAACUUGAACAUAAAUUACACAUUGCACAUUGUUCACUGCAGGAACGAGAUGUAUAUAUUAGAUCUUUAGAAGACCAAUACUAUGGAGUCAGCCAAGAUUUGAAAAUGGCCAAUUUCAAUCUACAGGAGAAAAUUUCUGUCAUUCAGCAACAGCAGAACCUCCUUGAUCAACAGAAAGAAAAGUAUCAUUGGAGUUCUAUUGAUAAUCAGAAAAAUCAAAGUAAACAGAAUGGAAAUGAAUUGGUGAACCAUUACAUGGAAGAAUAUAAUAAACAUUUAGCAGAUUUGGAGAACAGAUUGAUUCAGUGCAACAAUAUUUUGAGUGAAAAAGAGAAUUUCAUAAAACAGCUACAGAAAAAUUUCUCAGACUAUCAGGCUUUUGUUAAGGAGAGAGAGUCUCAGCUGGCAGUAAGUAGAAUCUGCCGAAAAUGUUCUGAGCCUGCCAGCAAGUUUGACUGUGAACUUCCAAACAGUUCUUGGGUCCAGUCGUCAGAUGAGAAAAAUCCCACAAAAGGUGAGUUGUUAGCGAGGAAAGAUGAGAAACUGCGUAGUGCUUAUAAAAGGGUACAGGAAUUGCACGGAGAAGUGGAGUACCUGGUAGAAAGGACCAAAGCUGGGUCUUCAACUAGUGAUCUAAAAGAAACGUUGGAAAUGAAGAGGAAGAAUGCUGCUCUUCAGCAAUGCAUCAUAACACGCGAAGAGAUGAAUGCGCAGUUGGAAGAAAAAUUGAGUGUGCAGAAUAAAGAGCUUGCACAUUUUAAGGAACAGUUACAGACAAAAAGUACCAUCAUUGAGUACUUACAAAAUUUCAUUAUUGAUAAGGAACCUAUAACAGUAAAUACUGAUAUUGAGAAUGUAGGAAUCGCUGGUAACACACAAGCUGAAAAUAAGGCAAGUGGUAAUUGUGAAAGAGACAGAAAUAGAGAUUUUCUUGGGUCAGAUCCAGUUCAUUCACCUCUAAUGAAAAGCAGUGUAGGACAAGUUGAAAGUCAAAGCUGUUGCAGCAAUCAUGAGCAUGCCAUGAAUAGCCCUCAGGUUGGAGAAUAUUCAAAAGUUCAACAAGGAGUUCUUACUACCCAGAAAGAAAUAAGUGCACCUGAUAAGAACGACAUAGGGAUUUAUCAAAAUAAGACAGACACAGAGACUGGGUCAUAUUGUUCUUACAAAAACAGAGAAAGCACCGGUAUUGCGAGUUUGUUUGAGGAAGUUCCUCAAGCAGAAACCAGAAAAACCUUCAAAGAAAAUGUUGGCAGUUACAGUAACAAAAAUGUGGGCAGCCAGAAAACUACAAAUUUACACGGAGAAAGUCAAAGUUAUUCAGGUGUUGUCACUUAUGAGAAACAUUGCAACACCAUAUCUGAGUCUUCCAAAUUAAUGCAAGGCCAGAAGACAAGUGACAUCACUUUGGAGCAUAGAAGAAUGAAUUUGGAAAUUAAUAUGCCAGAGAACAGUGAAAAACAGUUUGUGAACUGUGAUUCUAAAAAGGGAAUAUGUGAUCAGCUACCUAAAUGUGAGCAAGGUAGAAAUAUAGAAGCUGCUGAUGGUGAAAGGAAAACUUUUGAAGAAAAGGAAUCAAAAGAAACAGAAAAGCCUUCCCCAGUAAAAAUAACAUAUUCAGAAUAUUGUAUGAGAAACAAGAACAAAAUCUUUCCUCUUUCAACAAGCAACAACAACAAUGAAACUGUUGUAGGACGGGAAAGGUUAUAUUCUAGUGAAAAUAUAUCACAAGAGAGUGGAUGGCAUGGAGACAAUUAUUCAAAUAUCACUCGAGAGAGAAAACAUCAAAACUUAGAAGCUGGAUAUGGUGAAAUGGGCAGGAAAAGAAAUCUAUCGAAAGAAAUGACUCUAGAAAUUGAGCAGACAAACAGUAAGGAUAGUAAACGCAGUAAAUUUGAUGUUGACAAGAAGGGUAAAGUUUUGCUGGUUAAAGAAAAUACUGCAAAAAUAUCACCAAGGAUUCCAGAGGAGAGUAAAACAAAGAAAAUAAUUAAUUCAGGAAAUAGGCAAGUCAAAAGCAAAGAUCCUUUGGAAGAAAUCAGAAAACUGAAGAAGUUCAUAGAGGACUUAAAAUACAGAAAUGAAAAGGCCUUGACAAAAGAGAUUGCAAGAAGAGUGAAAGUAGAAACUGUUUCUAGAAAAAGAGAAAUUGUUUUGGCACAGAUCUUAGAACAAAAUCAGAAAAUGAAGAGGCAGGUAAAGGAAAGCGAUGUUGCACUCACAUUAAUUGAAAGAGAGAGGGAAAGGGUUAAUCAGCUCUUGUUGGAGAAUGAACGUGCACUAGUUGAAGCAGCAAGAACCAAGGAAAAAUUCUCCAGAAGUCUAGAGGAAAAAGACAAAGCUCUGGAAAACAACCAAAAAGAACUAGAGGAUUUUAAAGUGGAUUUAAAAAGAAAGGUAAAAACUCAUGAAAAAGAAAUUGAGAAGUAUAAAACUGAUGUUUCAAGUAUAGAGAAGGAAGUAGGUACAUUGAAAUUAUGUUUGGCAAAGAGGGAGGAAUUAUAUGAAAAAGAAUUUGCAGCAACCAAUGAAAUUAUCAAAGAGAAAAAGAAAGCUUUGGAGAAUUUACUCAGUGAAAAAAGCUGCCUGUGUGGAGAUAUCAGAAAUAAGGGAGAAGAAUUACUGUCAGUGAAAGAAGAGGUAAUGAAGCUUAGAAAUUCCUUAAUAGAACAAAGGGAAGAACUUUCUGUUUACCAGGUAGGAAAUAGUCAAGAAAAUAAGGAAAGGACAAAUAGCCUAAUAGAGGCUAUAAUUACAGACGAGAGAAAAAGUCUCGGUGGAGAAAAACACAGUGCCCAGGCACUAAGUCUUGAGGAAGCAAUUGGUAAUCUUGAUUGCAUCAUACAGGACAUCAAGGGUCAGCUUGCAUCACUGAAGGAGGAGUUAUCUAAAAUAGAUGCAUAUAAAUUCAAUCUGAUACAGGAUAUGAUGGGAGAGAAAGAAAGUCUACAGAAUGCUUCAAAACUACAACAGGAAAGGUUAAAUGAGACUGUAGCAGAACAUGAAAACUGUAGAACAAAAAUAGAGGCCCUAAGUGAGUCACUAGCUUCUGAGGCAGAGAAGUCAAAAGAAAUGUUGGAAGAAGCACAGAAUAAGAUGGAACAAAAGGAACAGGAAGCAGAGAGACUCACUACAUUGAAAAAACACCUAGAAGCAGAACUAGAAACAAACAAAAAGCAUUACACAUUACUGAUUGAAAAGGAAAGUUAUUGGAAGCAACAGCUAAGCAAUGCUCAAAACUGCAUCGAAGAACUAACUGCUGCAAAGAGUUUUCUUGCACAGCAGUUACAGGCUAUUGAUAUAUCUAAAGAACAACUCAGAAAAGAACUUAAACUUGGAAUACCUAAGCAAAAAGUGUGGAACUUAGACCAGGAACUAACAAAAGUGUGCGACUUGAAAAGACAACUGGAUGAAGAAAAGAAAAAGAGCUUGGGUGUGAGUCGCCAUUUGUUGGAGGAGAAGAACAGAAACAAAAACUUACUCAGAAAACUUGAGAGAAAAGAGAAUUUGAAAAACACAGACCAGCCAACUCUCUGUACCAGUGAAAGUCAGACAACCAGUUCCCUUGAGGAAGAAAUGCAUACCAUUUUAGAAAAUAACAGAAAAGUCCAGCUUACUUUGGAAGCUGAAAGACAGGUAUCAGAAGAUUUCUACAAAGAGCUGGUGCUAGAGAAACGAAAGAAUGCAUUUCUAAAUGACUGCUUCAAACAUGAGUGCACAGAAUCUUCAAAAGACAUGGAGCACCAGCUCUCCUUUUUUACUUGGAUGGCUGACAAGUAUCGUGCCAGGAUGCGCAGAAUGGAUGAGUUGUCAAGUACAAUGCAGGAGUUUACAGAAAAUUUGGAAGACCAGUGA